ACGUCACGGGGCGCCAGCCAAUCAGGAGCCGCCUCGCCACAAGCCUCCCCGCGCCUGAAGACACCCGGCGCUCGUCUUAUUUUCCUCGUUUUUUCCAUCUCCCAGUGAUCGCCGGGUACACAGCGGCCGCAGCAGAGGUCACAGGGCACCCAGGAUGGCGGAAACACAGUACAAUUACAGUGGCGGGUACGCCAGUGGGGGCAGCAGCGGCGGUGGCAGCAGCGGCACCGGAACAGGGAGCUACGGGGGGUACAGCAACACCUCCGGAGCUGCCCCACCCCCCGCCUCCUCCUACACCCAGCCCCAGUACGGCGGCUACUCUGCCCCACCCCCGCAAGGCUACUCCCAGAGCCAGGCCCCUUAUGCCGCCCCACCCACCUACGGAGCCCCGCCGCCCCAAGGUGGGCCAGGCAGCUCAUACAGUGGCUAUGGGAUGCAGCAGCAGAGUCAGCCUCCAGUGCAGCCUCCAGCAGCAAGCAGUGGGGGCUACAACAGCUAUGGUGGAGGACAGUCUCAGGGCUAUGAGCAACAGAACAGUAGCUACCAGUCGGGCAGUUAUGGCCAGCCCCCCUCCAGUACUUAUGGGGCCCAGCAUGCCAGUAGCUAUGGCAGCCAGCCCAGUACUAACUAUUCAAACGUCCAGCCCCAGGGGAGCUAUGGCGGCCCCCCGCCGCCCCAAGGAAGCUAUGGCGGCCCUCCCUCAGGGGGGAGCUAUGGGGGGCCACAGGGCCCCAACUAUGGGGCGCCCCCACCCUCCAAUGGAAGUUAUGGUGGGCAAAGUGGUGGAUUCAACAAGGACAGCGGCGGGAGCUACUCCAGCCGCUCCUACGAUGGGGAUAGUCGUGGCAGCGGCUCCAGCGACCGCUUCAGGGGCGAGUCCGCUGACCUGGUGAUGCAGGAGGACACGAUCUUUGUCUCUGGCAUGCCCACCAACGCCUCUGAGGACGACAUCAAGGAACACUUUGGCUCCAUCGGUGUCAUCAAGAUGGAUAAGAGGACCCAGCGCCCCAAGAUCUGGAUGUACAAGGACAAGGCCACCGGACGCAUGAAGGGCGAAUGCACUGUGACCUUUGAUGACCCCUACACUGCCAAGUCUGCCAUCUCCUGGUUUGACGGCAAGCUCUUCAUGGGGCGUACUGUCAAGGUAGGGGACAGAAAUAUGGUCCAGCUUGCAGAGAGGCCCAAGAGUAGUUAUGAGCGAGGGCGUGGUGGCUACGGCGGCGGCGGUGAGGAGCGUGGGGGCGGCCGUGGGCGAGGGGGUGGCGGCGGUGGCGGCGGCGGUGGCGACAGAGGGUUUGAGAGGCGCGGGGGUGGACCUCCUCGUGGGGGCGACCGUGACAGCCGUGAUGGGCCGCCCAGUGGAGGCCGAGGCCGUGCAGGAGACUGGCGGUGUCCCGUCCCAAGCUGCGGCAACAACAACUUUGCCUGGCGCUACAGCUGCAACCGCUGCAACGAACCCAAGCCAGCCAGUGCUGAUGACGAUGCUAAUGGCGGUGGCGGCGGCGGUGGUGGUGGUGGUGGUGGUGGUUUCCGUGGCGGGUUCCGUGGGCGAGGGGACCGCGGGGGCUUCCGGGGCCGCGGUGGGGACCGUGGCGGCCGUGGGGGCAUGAGGGGCCGGGGAGGCUAUGGCGACCGUGACGGCGACCGCGACUCUGGCGGACCCAUGAAGGGUGACCGCGGGCCAGGCAGAUCAAGGCCUUACUAGACCAGCCCAGUGUCCGCCCCAAGCCCGUAUGUGUGUACGCACGUGUGUGGUGGUGUCGGUUGUCUUACGCUAAGUCUAAGCCUACCCAAGGACGUUCUUUGCAUACUGAGGAGUACUGGAGGAGGUGAAAAUUUGUCGGUUUCUCUGUAUUAUUAUCCAGUGUUGUUGCAUCUCGGGGUAAGAGG